AUGAACAAGCUUUACAUCGGCAACCUCAACGAGAGCGUGACCCCCGCGGACUUGGAGAAAGUGUUCGCGGAGCACAAGAUCUCCUACAGCGGCCAGUUCCUGGUCAAGUCCGGCUACGCCUUCGUGGACUGCCCCGACGAGCACUGGGCGAUGAAGGCCAUCGAAACUUUCUCGGGGAAAGUAGAACUACAAGGAAAACGUCUAGAGAUUGAGCAUUCGGUCCCCAAAAAACAAAGGAGUCGGAAAAUUCAGAUUCGAAAUAUUCCACCUCAGCUCCGAUGGGAAGUGCUGGAUAGCCUGCUGGCUCAGUACGGGACAGUGGAGAACUGUGAACAAGUGAACACGGAGAGUGAGACGGCAGUGGUUAACGUCACCUACUCCAACCGGGAGCAGACCAGGCAAGCCAUCAUGAAGUUAAACGGCCAUCAACUGGAGAACCAUGCCCUGAAGGUCUCCUACAUACCUGAUGAGCAGAUAGCACAAGGCCCUGAGAAUGGGCGCCGGGGCGGCUUUGGCUCUCGGGGCCAGCCCCGGCAAGGAUCGCCCGUGUCGGCAGGGGCUCCAGCCAAGCAGCAGCAAGUGGACAUUCCCCUCCGGCUUCUGGUGCCCACGCAGUAUGUAGGCGCAAUCAUUGGCAAGGAGGGUGCCACCAUCCGCAACAUCACAAAGCAGACUCAGUCCAAGAUAGAUGUGCACAGGAAGGAGAACGCGGGAGCUGCGGAGAAGGCCAUCAGUGUGCAUUCAACCCCAGAAGGCUGCUCCUCCGCGUGUAAGAUGAUCCUGGAGAUUAUGCACAAGGAGGCGAAGGACACCAAAACGGCAGAUGAGGUUCCCCUGAAGAUCCUGGCCCAUAAUAACUUCGUGGGCCGACUCAUUGGCAAGGAAGGGCGCAACUUGAAGAAGGUGGAGCAGGACACGGAGACAAAGAUCACCAUCUCAUCGCUUCAGGAUCUCACUCUCUAUAACCCUGAGAGGACCAUCACUGUGAAGGGGGCCAUUGAGAACUGCUGCCGGGCCGAGCAGGAGAUCAUGAAGAAAGUUCGGGAGGCCUACGAGAACGACGUGGCCGCCAUGAGUUUACAGUCCCACCUCAUCCCUGGUCUCAACCUGGCUGCUGUAGGUCUCUUCCCAGCUUCGUCCAGUGCUGUCCCGCCUCCUCCCAGCAGCGUCACUGGGGCUGCGCCCUAUAGCUCCUUCAUGCAGGCUCCAGAGCAGGAGAUGGUACAGGUGUUCAUCCCUGCCCAGGCUGUGGGUGCCAUCAUCGGAAAGAAGGGACAGCACAUCAAACAGCUCUCCCGGUUCGCCAGCGCCUCCAUCAAGAUUGCUCCACCAGAAACACCUGACUCCAAGGUUCGAAUGGUCAUCAUCACUGGACCCCCAGAGGCACAGUUCAAGGCUCAGGGAAGAAUCUAUGGCAAAUUGAAAGAAGAGAAUUUCUUUGGUCCCAAGGAGGAAGUAAAGCUGGAGACCCACAUCCGGGUUCCAGCUUCAGCAGCUGGACGGGUCAUCGGCAAAGGCGGCAAAACGGUGAAUGAGCUGCAGAACUUGACCGCAGCUGAGGUGGUAGUACCAAGAGACCAGACCCCAGAUGAGAACGACCAAGUCAUUGUUAAGAUCAUCGGACAUUUCUAUGCCAGCCAGAUGGCCCAGCGCAAGAUCCGAGACAUCCUGGCUCAGGUUAAGCAGCAGCACCAGAAGGGGCAGAGCAACCAGGCCCAGGCUCGGAGGAAGUGA